AAUGCACAGUAUUGUUUAUACAUACAGAUAAAAUUUAUUUACUAAGAUUAUCACUCAAGAGUACACACUUGAACAUAAUAUGGCACCAAUUAAUAAGAUACUCUAUACUUCUUAAUGAACUCCAUUUGACCAUUUCAUUGUUUUGAAUUUUCACUAAAUAAUGAUAAGGCGGCUAUCUGGUAUAAUUUUAUAUCUCUGAAGACUGAAUAUUUUCUGUAGUUCCUAGGUACUAUUAAAUUAACAUCCUUAAAUAAUGUGCAAAAUCACAAUACCUUGGAUUCCUAUAACAUUCACAAUAACUCCUAUGAUAGGUGGUUUCAUUGGAGGUAUUUUUGUUCGCAAAAAUAUUAAAGGAUGGUAUGAGACAUUAAAUCGACCAUCCUGGAGACCUCCAAAUUAUAUGUUUGCACCAGUUUGGACUACUUUGUAUUUAGGAAUGGGAUAUGCGUCAUACAUGGUAUACCGCAGUGGAGGUGGAUUUAAUGGUGACGCAAAAAUUCCUUUGGCAUUGUACGGAUCACAAUUAAUUUUGAAUUGGGCAUGGUCACCUUUGUUCUUUGAGUUUCAUCAGUUAAAAUGGAGUUUAGUUGAAAUUUGUGUUUUGUGGGCAAAUGUAGCUGGUUGCAUUGUAACAUUUCAUAAAAUAAACAAGGUGGCUAGUUAUUUUAUGAUUCCAUACUUAGGUUGGUUGUCAUUAGCAACAGCAUUAACAUAUAACAUAUAUAUAAAUAACCCUGAAAUAUCAGACAAAGUUAAUGAUGAAUAA